AUGGCCUCCACCGCUGCCGGAGGAGGUGCGGCGCGCGGUGGCUUGAACCCUCCGCACCCGAACCCUAGCGGCGAUGGCGGCCCUAAGCUCCGGUCGCCGCCGGGGAAAGGGAAUAAGCCCGUUGCCCUCGCCGACAUCACCAACACUGGGAAGCCCAACGCCGCCAGAUCCAUCACCGCCCAAGACCUCGUCAAGGAGAACGGCAAGUUGAUGACUCUGCUCAACGAGAAGACGAAGAUAAUUGACCUCAGCAGGGUUGAGAUAUACAAGCUCCGUCUUGCGCUGCAAGCAUCGAAACAACAGAAUCUACACCUUGCGCAAAACAAUUCGCAGAUGCUUGCGGAAAUAAAUGCGGGGAAAGAUCGAAUUAAGAUAUUGCAGCACGAGCUUUCUUGUACAACAGCACUGCUUAAAGUAAAGGGUUCAGAGCUUGAUAGAAAUAAAAACGCUGCCAAAGGACAGCGAAAGGGAGUGAAAGCUCAGGUCUUGAAAGGCACAGCUUCCAUAGUCGCAGGAGUUGACUCGGUAACCAGUGGUGUUGAACACCAUUUGGUUGAAUCUCAAUCUGCCGUAUCAUCAAAUACCGUCUGCCUAGAGCCACCACAAGAUGGAAAACAGAAGAGAAUGCCUCAACGGAGAAGGUCUUCGAGACUGAACCAAGGUUCCUGUGAGAUUGGCGGAGUAUCUCAGAAUACAUUGCAUGAGGACACUGUAGCGCCUCUAGCUCCUUCCACUUUAAGUGUUCAAAAACAGUAUGGGCAAACCACUGGAAAACAUAUGGAGAAGUCACUGCAAAAUGAGUGCAGUGCAACAGUGCAUGAUAUGGUAAUGGCUUCAGAAUUCGAGGAAACUGAGAUAAAUGAGCAACCACAAAAAACAAAUUUGAAGGAGAUACAGGAAGCAUGUUCCAGGGAAGCUGGAGUUCAGUCUCAUAAAAUUGGUGAUAAGGCCUUCAAUAGUAAACAAAACCAUUUGACAGGAAGUGAAUCAUCUUUGUCAUUCAAUACCGUUGACCCCCCCGAGCCACCAGAAGACAACGCUAUGAAGCGGUGCUCAAAAAAACGGUCGGCCAUAGAGGAUGUAAAUGCCAAACUAGACACGACUACCCGUGAGCCAUUGCACCACGAAGAAAAGAGAAAAUCUCAAAGGAGAAAAUCUGCAAGACUGAAUUCAGUAUCUUCUGAGGACACGGAUAUCACUGUUGAGACUGAGCACAAAGAUGUAGCUUCUUUGGCCGGUUCCAGUUCAAAUGCCUCGAUGGAGCAGAGGACAAAUCAAGAGCAGAAUGAUGGUUGGUCCUCGAGGAAAUCUAAUGUAGAGCAGAUAUCAGGGAGGAGGUCUCUAAGGCGAGCUGCUGAAAAGGUUGUCUCAUACAAGGAGGUACCCUUGAAUGUUAAGAUGCGGCGACCUUAA